AGACUUUGUCAUGGCAUAUAAGGCGGCACAUUUGGCUUUUAAGUCACGCUGGCAUAAGACAGAUGAAGAGCUCUGUCGGCACAGCAUGUCCUUUAUCUUGCACAGGGCGAUCCGGAAUGACUUCUUUCAAUGUUACCUUUAUCUGCUGGAAAAGCUUCCCCUGGUGAAACUUUAUGCUUUAACAAGUCAAGUUAUCAAUGGUGAGAUGCAGUUCUACGCCAGGGCCAAACACUUCUACCAGGAGGUGCCAGCCACUGAAGAGGGCAUGAUGGGAGACUACAUUGAACUCUCCAAAACAGACCUUGAGUCCUCCAGGAAAUUUCUCAGGAAAUUUGUUGGGGGCAGAAAAAAAAAGGGAUCNAACCGCGCCCUGGACUGCGGCUCUGGCAUAGGUCGGGUCAGCAAGCAUGUCCUGUUACCAAUUUUCAAGAGCGUGGAGCUGGUGGAUAUGAUGGAGAAUUUCCUGGCUGAGGUCCCGAACUACCUCCAGGGCAAGGAGGACAGAAUAGAGAUGUAUUAUUGCAAACGCCUUCAGGAAUUCACUCCAGCCCCACAAAGAUAUGAUGUCAUCUGGAUUCAGUGGGUUUCAGGAUAUCUCACAGAUAAAGAUCUCCUGAAGUUUCUCAUCCGGUGCCAGAAUGGCUUGAAGAAUAACGGUGUUAUCAUUCUCAAGGACAAUGUAGCCAGGGAGGGCUGUGUCCUGGAUUGUCUGGAUAGCAGCGUGAUCCGAGACCUCAACAUCCUCCACAGUCUCAUUGAAAUGAGUGGACUCACCAUCCUGCGAGAGGAGAGGCAGGAGGGAUUCCCUGAACAGUGUGUCCCCGUCUGGACAUUGGCCAUGCAGAAAGACCCCGGCCAUUCCUGAUGGCAUCCAGUGACUGCCAAGACUGGAAUAGGGACCAGCCACCGGACUGUGAAGAAGAAAGGGGAAAGAAAAGCAUCUACUAGAAUCCUACUAACCAAGUAUUGUUACUAGUACAGUUCUAAGGGAUCGACUUCUGAAG